ACAAAAAUUUGACAUUCCCAGUGAGUGUAUUGAGUGUAGUGACCCCCUACACAACAGAUGAUCUCUUCUGGUUUUACAUCAGCUGUCAGUUGACGUGCACCACUUCAGGGAGAUAAGAUUACAUUUUCCUGGAAGCUCUGGGGGAUUGGGCGGAGCCCUGUGCGUAGUGGACCGUGGAAUCCUUCCGAGGCCUGUAAAAAAACUGUCCACCUGUUACUGUCUAUCGCCCCCUUUUCCUGUCUCCCAAUCAACUGCCAUGCUGAAAGAUCAUACAGCCUGUCCAUCUGACUCAAGCUACUGAAAAAAGAUCAUGUUAGUAUGUCUCUCCUGGCCCUCCUGCACCAUAAAUAUCUUCCAUGAGGUCCUAUGUGUUUAAUUUUAGACUUUGCCGGGGGCGUGAGCAGACCAUUUACCAGCUGGAGACAUAGCCAAUAGCACUGGCAACUCAGCUCUAGAACUGUGUAGUCAUUGUGGAUAUACUUUGUACCCUUUAGGUUGAAAAUAAACUCUUGACAAAAUUUUGUCAAGACGACUACUAUACAGACAUGUUCAGCCAAAGGGAGCGGGACAUGGAGGACAUACAUGAGGAAGACAUUGAUGAAGAUGAUAUCCUAGCCAGCUUGUCUCCUGAGGAGCUUCAAGAACUCCAGAAAGAGAUGGAUGUUUUAGCGCCAGACGAGAGAGUACCGCUUGGUCAGAGACAGAAGGACCAGAAGAAAGAGAAGCCAUCCGCCGACUCUGAUGAUGAAGAAGACAUUGAUGAAGAUGAUAUCCUGGCAAACUUGUCUCCUGAGGAGCUCAAAGAGCUCCAGAAAGAGAUGGAUGUUAUAGCCCCAGAUGAGAGGGUACCUGUGGGUCAGAGGCAGAAGAGCCAGACAGAGAAGGUGCCCACAGGUUCGUUUGACCACAGGGGCCUGGUGGAUUAUCUAUACUGGGAGAAGGAGUCCAAACGCAUGCUGGAGGAGGAGAGGGUCCCCGUCACUCUACUGCCCAGUAAGAAAACUAUGGAAGAGGACGCUGAACAGAAAGAAAACGCUGAAGACGUGGAGAUUGUGUAUGAGGUGAUAGAAGAAAUCAUUGAGGUGGAAGCUACAGACUGUGUUGAAGGAGAGGAAGUGAUAGAGGAGAUUAUAGAGGAAAUGAUUGUGGAGGAGGAGGAAGAGGAUGUGAAGAAGGAGGAAGAGGAGGAGGAGAAAAAGGACAUAGCCGUAAAAUAUGAAAGGGUCAUAGAAAAACAUGAACAUCCAGUGAAUGAGCGUCUAAAAGAGUCAUCAGAUGAUAACAGCACUAACACUGUAAACACUACCAGUCCCCUGCAACCCCCACCAGAGUUCGCAGACAUGAAAGAAGAGAAAGAGAUUGAGAGAACAGAGCAAAAGAGCACAUCACAAAUACCUGAGAAAGUCAAAAGUAACACUACAGAUGCUCCCGCUCCUGAAGUAAUAGAGAUGACUCCAGAGGAGAAGAGGGCCUGUUUUGUUCCAGAGAAAGAAGUGAGGGUAAUUAACAAGCUAAAUAUUCCAAAGCUGGCUCUUGGUGGGGGGCUUGGUGGCCUUGGUGGGGCCAAGAAGACAUCAAGGCCCUCAGGGAAUGAGACAAACCUGGACACCACUCUGGAUAAGAUACGCAACAACAACCCCGCUAUCACAGACGUAAACCUGAACAACAUAGAAAACAUUCCUAAAGAAAUGCUAAUAGAAUACGUUGAUGCCUUAAAGAAGAACAAACACGUCAAGACCUUCAGCAUAGCCAACACCGGCGCAGACGAAAACAUCGCCUUCACCCUGGCCAACAUGCUGAGAGAGAACCGUAGCAUCACCACCCUGAACAUAGAGUCAAACUUCAUAACAGGGAAAGGCAUCAUCGCCAUUAUCCGCUGCCUACAGUUCAACGAGACGCUCACAGAGCUCCGCUUCCACAACCAGAGACACAUGCUGGGCCACCACGCGGAGAUGGAGGUGUCACGCCUGCUCAAGGCCAACAACACCCUCCUGAAGAUGGGCUACCACUUUGAGCAGGCGGGCCCCAGGAUGGUGGUGACCAACCUGCUGACCAGAAACCUGGACCGCCAGAGACAGCAGAGGAAAGAGGAGCAGAGCAAGCAGCAGCAGAAGCAGCAGAAGGAGGUGUUUGAGAUGUAUGAACGGGCUCUGAACCUGCCCCCGGGGCUGCUGGCGAUGCUGGGCUACGUCCCUCCUGAAAUCGCGGCCCUCAUGCCGCAGCUUCCCAAGGGUCCCCAGGGUCCCAUGGAACCCAAACCAGAGCCCUCCUCCAGAUUCCAGCAGAACAGCCCUCUACAGCAGCCACAAAAGCAGCAGAACACGUCUCCACAGUAUCAACACAAGCAGCUUAAACACAUGCAGCGCAACCCCAUUCCACAACAACCCCCCAGCACGGACUCCUCUGGUAACCUUCUGAAGGACAUCCAGCUGAAGAGGACCCCCAAAAAGCGUGACCCUUUCCUGGACAUAGAUCCUAGGGAGGACAGGAGAGCAGAGAGGCCGAAUGUCCUGCUCAAGAAGACAUCAGGAAAAGAGAGGGACACAGGCGUUGAUGAGAUGGUAGAACUGAAGGCCACUCUGAAAGAUGUGAUGAAGACACUGAAGCCUGUCCCUCGGAGGCGGCAGCCGGCCAAGGUGGAUGUGACACCCCGCGAUGAACUGCUUAAUGAGAUCAAAAAGAGCAACGUGGCCUAUCUCAAAGCCGUGCCACUCCCCAAAGAAUUAGAAUCAAGAGAAACCAGUCUCUUCAAUCUCUGAGGAAUCUACAAUACCUUUAUUCCUGUGUUAGUUCAACAUCGCUGAGGAAUCUACAAUACCUUUAUUCCUGUGUUUGUUCAACAUGUGUUUAAUCUCUUCCUUAACAAUAAUCUGCUUGCACUUGUAACACUAGUUUGCCUCAGUACUCCUAUUCAGGCAGAACACCUUUUGUUCCUUGAGGUUUGGAAGAACUAGUAUGGUAUUUGGAUAUGAGUCUACAGCUGGUAAAUGCACCAUAGAAUGUGCAUAGUAUAAGUAGUCUCAAUUAAUAAUUAUGUUUGUUUGUGGAAAAUUCAUUUACUUUGAACACUCCCAAAUGAGUGCGGGCAAAUCCAUAAUACAUCAUCUACUGAUGACUUGGGUCUUUCAUCUAUGGGUUUUCAAAACCACUCUGGUGUCUGCUGUCCACUUCGCAAUAUUGAUAGAGCUGAACCCCAGAAUAUAGAGUAUAGGAGGCACCAUGAAAACAUUAGUCUUUUACUGUGUAAAACACUGUGGGUCAGUGGUCCAGAAGCUAGAUUUCAAAUCAUACUUCAUUGUUUCACGGAACAGUCCAUCUUAACAAGUCAUAAUCCUAACGAGUGUUGACAUUAAAAAUCAGUGUACAUACAAGAUGUCUCAUAUGUAAAUGUUUCCUUCAUUAACAUAGUUGACAUAAUUUGGAUUACUUAAAUUUUGUUUUAUUAUUAUGGUGGAACACAGUGCUCUGCUUCCAAUUCUGUAGUUACGUUAUCACUACUCAAUGGAAAUACAAAAAACAGCAGUUAUAACAUCCUUAUAAUAGAACCUAGAACCAUAAUAUUAGCGUGCACUCCUUUUUUCUGAAAGCAAUUUGUCUAGAUCCGAUACAAGCUGUGAUUCUCCAUAAUUCUUUGGAAGACUGCAUCCGUGUGUACAAAUAGCUCAUAAAAUCUUCAUUAAUUUAAUUUAAUCAUUUUCAUCUAUUACUAAUGGUGAUCCCUGGAAUUGGAUAGGCUAUUUAUUAGGGCGGAUUUAUAAUAAAAUCUCCAAACAUCUGCUACUGAGGGGGACAUAAUCAGAACCCCAAUGCACAAUCAAGCAUUCAUAAUGUGUGUGAUAUUUAAUAGUACAUACUUUGGUGCCUUACACUGUGCUUUUUGUAAUGCAAACAUUUAUGUUUUCUGUAUGCUUUUUGCUGAAUACACAAGUAGAGAAGAUUCAAUGAGACAUGAAAGCACAAUGUAAACAUUUACAACAUGACUACUUCAACUAAUAAAGUUGCAUUUGCCAUUCA